GACACAGAGACUCUGUGGGAUCUCCCUGUGCUCAGUGUGGAGCUGACAGUCACUCAGUGAAACAGGAACAGCCUCCAGUGCCAUUCUGAGGAGAGAGAGAGGUGGAAGUCUAUCCAGCGGCUGGCCAGAUGCAGUGAGCUGAAUCCUCCCAGGGAAGGGGCUGAGGGAGCACCUCUCCCCUCCGACUCAGGAUGUCUGCUCCCGGGGAGGGUGAAGCGGUCAGCAUCACCCCUUCCCUGGUCAUCUACAUCGGUGUGGAGGUGCUGAUCGCUGUGGCCUCGGUGCUGGGCAAUGUGCUGGUCUGUUGGGCAGUCAAGAUCAACCGGGCUCUCAGGGACACCACCUUCUGCUUCAUCGUCUCCCUGGCUCUCGCUGAUAUCGCCGUGGGCUCCCUGGUCAUUCCUUUGGCCAUUACCAUCAGCAUCGGGCUGCACACCCACUUCUACAGCUGCCUGCUCUUCGCCUGCACCGUGCUGGUUCUCACCCAGAGCUCCAUCCUUGCGCUUCUCGCCAUCGCCAUCGACCGCUACCUCCGCGUCAGGAUCCCAACCAGUUAUAAGAGAACAGUUACGCAGAAGAGAGCUGGGACUGCUGUGGUUCUGUGCUGGGUUAUAUCUAUAAUUGUUGGCAUGAUCCCAAUGUUUGGAUGGAACAAUUACACUGAAGCUACUCGAGAUGGGGUGAACUCGAGUCUCGUGAACAGCGUGAUUGUGUGCCAGUUUGAGACAGUAAUCAGCAUGGACUACAUGGUCUACUUCAACUUUUUCGGAUGGGUGCUCCCACCACUUGUGUUGAUCUUUGUUAUCUACGUGGAAAUAUUUAAUCUCAUCCGAAAGCACCUGAAUCAAAAGGCAGUGUCAAUCAACAAUUCUGAUCCAAGCAGGUACUUUGGAAAGGAAUUGAAACUCGCCAAGUCGCUGGCUCUAGUGUUGCUUUUGUUUGCAAUAUGUUGGCUUCCUCUACAUAUCAUCAACUGCAUCACACUGUUCUGUCCUUCAUGCAACAAACCAAUUAUAGUGAUGUACAUUGCCAUCUUUCUAACCCAUGCAAACUCUGCUGUAAACCCCAUAGUAUAUGCCUUCAGGAUAAAUAAGUUCCGAGUGACUUUUCUCCAGAUUUGGAGCCAGUACAUUUGGUGUAACAAAAAUCACAAUGCAAAUAAUUUAAGCAGAGAACAGUUAAGGGCUAUACGUGAACAGAAAAGUAUUAUGUAAUUUACUUCUUAACCUGAUGCAAUUGGCCUGGAUAAUAAAGUGUAAAAUCAUGAGCGAAGCUGAUCUUGAUACUUUGCUGCUGAGCUCAUUAAUGAUUCAAAUGUUGUGUAUCAUUAUGGUGACAGUUCAAAGUGAAUCCUCAGCUGCCACCUGACACCCUAGCAAAAAAAUAUUUUAUUUCAGGAGAAGCUGGCAAAGUCUUUAAGUCCUCAUUUCUCGACUGUCUGCCCUGUGUUUUCUCUCCUUAUCAUGUUUACAUAUUCUCAGAUUUUAACAAAGACACUAAAUCAGAAGCAGGGUGACCUUGAGGUGAGAUACCUGGCUGCCAGAGAGCAGAGGAUCAGAAAGUUUUCAGGUGACUCUCAAUGGACAGAGUCUUUCUCUCCCAAGAUUUGACUUCAAAGAUCCCACCUAAAAGGAAAGGAUUUCAAAGUUCCCAGAUAAAUGACUCCUUGACAUAGUAACAUCACUGCUCAAGUGCCAAGAUGGAAUAUUCCAUGUAGACAGCAAACUGUCACUGAAGGACUCAAUCAUUUUAACAUGCUGGGAUUAUUUCAGAUCAAGACACCGAUGUACUUAAAUGGACAAGAUUAAAACUGCUGCUUAAGACCAUCACCGUGCAUCAUCUUACAGAAUGUGGUGACCUGACAAUAUGCUUUACCAGCAAAUGGAUUUUAUAAAAUUGUGAGUGUACUUUUGCUGAUAUCAGUGGUUCAUUUCACUGUAUUACUCUGUAAAAUAUAGCCAGCAGGCCUUACAUUUAGACUAAGAUUAUUGAUGUGGUAUUUUAAUUAACAUUUUAAUC